GUUCCAGUGUGUGUUCCGGGUGCUGCCCCAGUGCCUCAGCCCAGAGACUCCGGUGCCUAGUGUACUGCUGGUGGUUGAGCUCCUAUCCCUUCUGGUGGACCAUGACAAGCUCACGCCUCAUCUCUGCUCCCCCUCAGAAGGCUGCCUCUUCCUGCUGCUGUACAUGUACAUCACGUCAAGGCCUGACAAAGUGGCCUCGGAGACACAAUGGCUUCAGCUGGAACAAGAGACGGUGUGGCUCCUGGCUAAGCUUGGUGUACAGAGCCCCUCACCCCCAGUCACUGGCUCCAACUGCCAGUGCAACGUGGAGGUGGUCCGAGCUCUCACGGUGAUGCUGCACAGACAGUGGCUCACAGUGCGGAGAGCAGGGGGGGCCCCAAGGACUGGCCAGCAGAGGCGGACAGUGCAGUGUCUGCGGGACACAGUGCUACUGCUGCACAGCCUGUCCCAGAAGGACAAGCUCUUUACCAUGCACUGUGUGGAGGUCCUGCAUCAGUAUGACCAGGUGAUGCCAGGGGUCAGCAUGCUGAUUCGAGGGCUUCCUGACGUGACAGACUGUGAAGAGGCAGCCCUGGAUGACCUCUGUGGCACGGAGACGGAUGUGGAGGACCCUGAGAUGGACUGUGGCUGAGGCCCGUGAGCAUCGAGCCACAUGGUGGCACCAGCACCACUACUUUCCUCAUCUCAUUAACUGAUUAAAAAGCAGCGACUUCCUGCAGAGAACAUACCA